UAUUCGAAAAGGAAAGAAUCGCUAUGUCAACCAAAAUGUGUGAAGCUCGAGUACGCGUAGUCUCCACGCCACUAAAUUUGCCACUUUUCAUAGCAGGAAGAACACGUUUUAGGUUUGACCAUCGGCGUAAGGUACCAAAGUAUAUAGAGAAUAAAAAAGAUUUGUAUGUUCGGCGCUGUGAUAAAACGGAAAGUGUUGAAACGAGAGAUGAAAGGCAUUUAAAGCAAUUACUUGGAGUCAGACCACUAGCGUUGAAACCCUGCACUGAUUUGCAUAUAAGAAAAGUUACGCGGGAUUUGGCUGAUCCUAAGCCCUGGCAAAUGCCACCAAAUGUUUAUAACACGAGUGAGGUACCCUUUCGCAAGAGACGUGGUCACUUUGGUUCCUAUUGGCGAAAGCUACCCAGGCCGGUAAUUAAAUUGUUUGAACCCGUCUCGGUGCAGUUGAAAAAAGGGCGUCCCAAGCAAGGACAAUGGAAAUUCUAUGAUAUAUCGGCUAAGGCAAACAAUCUUUUGGGCCUCAAGAAUAAACAUAAAGGAGUUUUCUUAACAAAUGCGAGAGACAGACCUGCUACUGCACGCUGCAUGAUAAAUAGUCUCUCCUCAGCUCAACGGAGAAUUUCAGAUCCAGCGCCUACACAUUAUUCGUCACCAUUGCACGAAUUCACCUACAACAUAUCACCCCCCAUUAUUAAACCACGUCCCAAUCCGCAUUUAUUUUUGCGCCACACUACUGUGCCCGACAAGUGCUUGCCCUUGAUACGACGUCACACCAGCUUCGAACCCGCUGUGGGACGUUAUGAAGUUCGCUACACUAGACUCUGCGGUUGUGGCCGAAAAAUAUUAACACCCGGCUUACGAUUGAUGGUGGAUCGUGAGAAACGUUUCAAGUUCCGUCGUUUGCCAUACAGAAAAAUCAGCAUUCGUCGCCGUUGCUCACCGGACUGGUCACAUGUUGCUGGUCGUGGCUUUCGUCGUCUAUUUCGUACGCCAACAGGUAAACCGAUAAAUGUGAAUAAAACACUAGCCAAGGAAAAGCCUAAAGCUGAUAAGCUAACCAAGCAAAUAGUCGGUUAUCCCGAUUCAAAGUAUAUCAAAAUGAUCAAUACGCCCCGCAAGGAACCCAUAUCGAUGCAUGCGACUGGUAUGCCUAAGAAACCGAUAAAAAUUCGUUUCAAUUGUAUGUAUAAACAUGUAACACGCCGCCAGCUGCGUAGUAAUAAGAAAAUUGCAUUCAGUAGUGGCACAGAACGUUUUCCGGAGCUUGAAACUCGUCACGUACAAUUGACAGUUAGACAAUUGGAGAAAUUGAAAGCAUCUUUACCACCCGAACGACGACUGCACGAUCACCCCACAAUGACAAAGUCACUCACUGAGAUCCAGUCACAUCUUUAUGAUACACCACCUGCUCAUAUGAGACCUGCUUAUGAGCAACCUUUGCGCAAGAAGGCAUUCAAAUUUAAACCGCUGCCGGAACGUAAGGUGCUUGUGACCAAAGAUCUGUUGCGCCCUAGUGCCGCUGAGACACUCUAUUUCUAUAAUCAGCCCGUCAAUCCAGAUGACUUUUUAAAAGAUAGAAUAAGACAAUCCGUUUAUAACAAAUGGGGCACAUUGGCUGUAAUGCUACCCACAUAAUCCCUGUCAAACAGGUUAUACUAUUAUUUACAAUAUUUGUACCUAACGACGUUGUAUGUGUAAAAUAAACACGUAUAUUUACUUA